AUACCCCAGCUCCGCUAUUAGUAAGUUACUCUGCUUCUCAAUCCUUAUUCCCCAGCCGUAACUCGAAGACAUUGAACGAAGGAACCCCUCCCCAAUAGAAGCUCUCACAACUCGCGCUCCAACGAGGGAUCCUCAGCUCGCGCCGGACCUGGGUCUCCAUAAGCUCCCGGUCGCUCAGGCCUCUCCUCACAGCUUCCAGUCGAGAUCAAGGUUGGCCCAUCCUCUCUACUUCGGUAACCCUCCCUCCUUCUAACAAUCUAACUUUUGAUCUUAAAAUAAUUUAUUACAGUAGUAGCUCAUAUAUUAUGAAUGAAAUCUAUAUUGUUCUUUUCACCGUAACCUUUUUUUUCUUUUGGGUAAGAGUUGUAAUUCCAGUCAUCACCUCAAGCUUGUUUUGGGCACUAUUCUGACCUGAAGUUUCAUCAAAAAUUUGUGGAAACUUAUUAGGUAAUGGGAAGCUUUAACUGCCUAGGAUUUUAAAUAACUAAUUAAAGGAAAUUAAAUAUGGUAUUUUAUUGCCUAAAACAAUUGAAACUGAUGAUGAGUUCCCUUGGGCAGUGAUGACUAACAUAAACCCUAAUAAAAGGCUUGAAAUCAUGCUAAUUAUGAGCUUCAUUUGAUCACUGUUUCUUCUAUAUGGUUUUGUAUCUUUUCUUUUUUGUUGAACAACGAGAACAUGAUUUUAUCGAGAGUUAAAAACAAAGUAGUUUAAACAUAGGUCAAAGCUUGAUUGUUUAGUUUAUUUAUUAUAGAUUUAAUUAUUUUAUUAUGAGAGAAUUUAUUAUUUUAGUAGUUAAUUAUUUAAUUAAAAAAAUAUAACAAGGAUUGAUUUGAGUUGUAAGAAACUGAAUAAGUAACCAUAAAAGUCAUAACUUGAUUUCCACAAUUUUAUAUUAACACCGUAUAUUAAAAUAGUAAAAUUGAGAAAUGAUUAUAGCUAACACUCUAGGACAUGCAUGAAAUAAUCAAUGGAAAGAGCUAAUUAAAUUGGGAGAGGUGAUGAGUAAUUUAUAUGCUUUUCGUUGUUCAAGCCUGUACCUAAAAUAUGACAUUAAUAUAUAUAGCCAUUUGGUUUGUAUUUUGAUAUGUGCGUGGUGUUUUUUUAAUAGUGUUGUCUCCCUAAGAUUUAAUGGAUCGGUCAUAUCUACCUAUAGGCAUUUCAUCGUAUAUAUUUCAAAUAUUCCCUGUAUAUUUGGUACAACAUGUUCUUGGAACUUAUUUAGUCACUUGUUUUCUUAAAUAAAUAUAUUAAAUUAUUUAGUCACUUAGCCUUAAACAGUGUACGUGAUAUUUGAAACUGAAAGCUGUAUAUGGAACAUAGCAACUAAUUUGGAGUUGCCCUUUGCAAUUGCUACAAUCUUGAAUGUACGUGGUGCUUUUUUUGUUGAAAUGGUUGGGAGUAUCUUAGAGUCCUGGGCAGAACUUAUAGUCUCACAUCGCCCAUUAUCUUCUAAGAUGGCUAGAAAAGGUCGUUUCAUGAAAAAAUCGAAAGUAGGACCAGGAUGUCAGCGACUACAAACGGCUCCGCCUCCGGCCUCUGCUACCCACCGCGAUGACUCUGAAAUUCUCCUGAACAGUGGUGAUAGUGUCCCUCCAACUUCACGCCUGUUCCUUUCGCCGCGCAGUGUACCAAGGCCUGCUCCACAAACGAGCACAACUACCAUUCAGAACUCGGAGCCAAGCCGUGUAAACUCUAUGGAUAAUGCCAAUGAUGUAGAUUCUGUUGAUCAAGAAGCUGAUGACUCCUUUGUCAAUUCUAGAGCUCAAAAUCGCAAAGAACGCAAGACUACAGAGUUUUGGAAAGUCAGGAUAAUCGAUUCUGAUGGCACAAUCAAGCCAGCAAGACUAAGCGUGAGGGAGGCUAUGGAAUGGCCUAACGGUAGAAAGAUCGUGCUCAGGUUCAACAAGGCAAAGCAAGCAAUUGGAAACGAGCCUGGACUGUUGAGUGGCGUGCUUGGUCUGCUAGGAUCUGACUUUGGAAAAUUUCCUAUCUGUGAGGAAAGUUGGCAUAAGAUUACCACUAAGGACAAAGUUUAUAACGAAUGUGUCAAGCAAAUUUUUCACAUUGAUGAAGAUAGUGAAAGAACUAUCAAGAAAAAUAUUUUGAAAAGUAUGGGAAAAUCCUGGAAGGAGACAAGGCCGAGGUUGUAUAAUGCUUAUUUCGAGCCAACGUUCACGACUGAACAAAAUAUUGAGAACCGUCCGCCAGGAAUCGAUCGAGAGCAUUGGAGAUGGUUCCUUGACUAUCGCGCCAAACAUGAAACGAAGAAGAAGUGCAAGAAAAAUGCGAAAAAUCGAUCAAAACAACAAUAUACCCACACUGGAGGUUCGAAAAGCUUUGCAUGACGGAUCAAAGAAGAGUCGGAACAACUAGGGAGAAUAUUCGGUAGAGGGGAGUUAUGGAUCACAGUGCACAAAAAAAGGAUGGCCCCUAAAUGAAUGAUGAAGCAAGAGCAAUCGGUCUAGUUAUAGUGGUUGGCAUCCUAUGUUAUCAUUUGGUGUGUUCUUGACAUGAGAUGGACCCAUCAACAAAAUUGUUGUAUUUACUAAUUUGUGUCUGUAGAAAAUAAUUGAGGAGAUUGAGCAACAGGAUGAGUCAUAUAGGGUGUUGUCUCAAAAUGAUUCCAUUGCUCAGGUUUUCGAAAAAGAGAAAUCGGGUAGAGUACAUGGUGUGGGUUUUGGACCGACUCCUAGUCAACUCUUCUGUCCAAAUUCACAUGGGCCUGGCAACGGAGUCCAACUAGAGGAGACUCAGAGGAAGCUGCUUGAACUGCAGGCAGAGCUGCAAGGCGAGAAGUUGAAGAGGAAGGCAAUGGAGGAUGAGGCAGUAGCAGAGAAGAAAAAGAUGAAGGCGAUGGAGAGUGCUCUGAUUUAUCUGUUUCAACGGUAGGGUGAGGAACUGCCACCAGACAUCGCUGCGUUUCGUGGAAUGAUAGAGUGAAUACUAGAAUAUUAGGAUUGGAGAUAUGUUGCAUUGAAGCAAACAUUUUAUUGAAUUAGAUUGAGCAACUCUUUGAAAGAGAUUUCUUUUUGUUCGUAUUUUGAUGGAUAUAUAUAUUUCCUGUUUUGCUUA